AUGAAUUAAAAUAAUAGAAACAACUUUGACCCUAGAGAAUUUGUAGUCCCGGGUGUAUCUGAACAAGAAAUCGAAGUAUACAAAUAAAUAUUUGAUUUUUUAGAUUCUCACGAGUAAGGUCUAUUAACUCCAAAAGAUAUAAGAAUUGCACUCAAAGAAAUAGGAGGUUUUAAUGCCUCAAGGAAUCUUAUAUAUAAUAUAAUAGGAGAUUUUGAUAGCGAUUCUAACGGAUAAAUUGAUUUUGAAGAAUUUGUAAAAAUGAUGGCUAUGAAGCCUUGUGAUAGAGAUAAUGAUGAUGAUAUAUUGAGAAUUUUCGAUUUAUUGAAAAUAGAUCAUGAAUGUAAUUAUUUGACAGCUGAAGAUAUUAAAAAAUAGUCAGUUUUAUUAGGGGAAGAUGCUACAGAUAAUGAAAUUUAAUAAAUGAUGAUAAAAUGUGAUCCUGAGGGUAAAGGAAAAACAAUUAGUUUCGAUGCAUUUUUAAAAUUUAAUAAAAAAGGAUAAUUUUGAAA